AUGAACGGUUUAGGCGUGGGCGGAUCCCAGAGCCCGGAUUUGGUCAACACGGCCAACGCUCUACUAUACGCCUUGAUGACACUGACCUGUUUCGCGGGUCCACUCAUCACAAACGCGAUCGGCUUCCGCUGGACCCUGACUUUGGGAUCACUUGGAUACCCGCUAUACGCAGCGGGGUUGUAUUUGAACAACCGCACUGGGGCAACAUGGCUUGUGUAUCUCGGGUGUGUCACUUGCGGCAUCAGUGCUGGUUUCUUUUGGAGUGUUGAGGGUGCCGUCGCCACAGGGUAUCCCGAGCAGCACAAGCGUGGUCGCUACAUUGCAACUUGGUUUACGUUCCGCAAUUUUGGCAACAUCAUUGGUGGUGCCGUCUCUUUGGCGAUAAAUCACAGGGUCAACCAGCGCGGCCAGGUUGGUUAUCAGACAUAUCUCGCUUUCAUCGCCAUCCAGUGUCUUGGGCUGAUCAUCGGGCCUCUCUUGUCAAACCCAGAGAAAGUUCAGCGAGACGAUGGGACGCGUAUCGAGGCUCCCCGUGGCAUUCACUGGCGUGAGGAGCUCCGUGAGAUGUGGCGGCUGGCAAGGAGUAGAUCGAUCUUGCUCCUUGUUCCGCUAUUCUGGUAUUUUGGGUGGAUACAGGCAUACCCUGGCACAUAUCUCGCGACCUAUUUCACCGUUCGCGCACGCGCACUCGGAAGUUUCAUGUCUGCGGUUGUUGGAACGCUGGCGACUUGGUUGGGUGGGUCGUUGGUGGAUCUGCCUUGGUUGAAAAAUCGUAAGCAUAGAGCAAUUGUCACAUUCAUUGUUAUUGCACUCAUGAACAGUGCGACAUGGAUCUGGGCGGUCAUUAUUCAGAACGAGUACCGACACACCAACCCCGUAUUGGACUGGGGCAAUCAACGCUCCUUCGGUCGUGGCUUUGGCCUGUAUCUGUUUGAACGCAUCAGUCUCGGCUUAGUCGAGAAUUAUAUUUACUGGUGUAUUGGGAAUUUGUCGGACUCGCCCGGCGAUCAAAUUCGAUACAGUUCAUUGCUUCGGGGGAUCGAAACCGCUGCAGUUGCAGUUGGAUUUGGCGUUCAAGCGGUGCCGACAGCGUUGAUUGCGACAGCAAGUAUCAAUCUCGGCCUGUGGUUCAUCGCCUUACCUUUCAGCUAUUAUGCGACUCUCCAAGUCGUUCGGAAAUUCGAAUUGUUGGAGAGAGGAAAGCAGACUCCGGAUGGAGGCGACCGAGUGACUGAACAGGACACGGUUGAACAAUAA